AUGAUAAGAGGACGGAUACACGAGGAGGUAUUGCGUUGGUGGCGGUGGGUGGCGGGUGACGGCGCUUGCGCGGCAGCGGAGCGCGGUCACGAGAUGAGCGUGGCGAGCGCGCCUCCGCCGUCCGCCGCCGAGGCGCUGUCCGCGUUGCUGUGGCAGCCCUAUGAGUGCCGUUCGCCGCCCCUCGCGCGCUCGCGCACAGACACCGCGCUGCACCGCGCGGGGGGCGCCGACCAGUCGCCAACCGGCGGUCGACAUGCGCGCGCGUCAACCCGCGCCUACAUCGAUAUGCGGCUGCCCGUGCCCGCGCCCGGCCUGCGCAAGUCGGACUCGGUCUCGGUGCGCGUUCCGGGCGAGCCGAGCCGACAGAACGUGUCCAGUGUGAACGUGAACGUGAACAUAGUGGAGGUGCAGGAUGCACCCGUGAAUGUGAACAGUGCGGUGCAGACGGAAAGGGAGCGGAGUGUGGCGAGUGCGGAGUGCCAGACGGAGGAGCCAGCCCGGCGGCGGCGCGUGCGACGUGCGCGAGCGCCGCGGGUGCCCGAGCUGCUGGAGAACGUGCCUCCUCCUCCGUACAGCACACUGCCUCCGCCACCGCUGCCGCAUCCCGUGCCAGUGCACCCGCCGGCGCCCAUACUGGCUCCGCACCCGCCAGUGCACCCACCCGUGCAUCCGCCUGCACAUCGCUUCCCCUUCCAGCCAAUUCCUCUCAGAUCGGGCAGAGGCGCAGCGUAUGCCUGUUCUGAGGGUGAAGGUAACGCGCCCAAGUCGUGUUGUGGUCGGCCCCCUCUUCGACUGUGUGUGCUGUUCCUCGGCGUGGUAGGAGCCUGCUUGGUGGCCGCUGGAGCGGUACUGGGCGCUCUCAGGCCUCAUCCCCGGGCCCCACUCACAUUACUCCUACUUAUGAUAGGUAUAGGAGUAGUGUUAGUGACAGCAGCUGGAUUAGCCUGGAGACUGGGCGCAAGAGACGCUCCUUGUGCGUUGCUAGGGCUGCGCCGCGCCUCAUGCCGGCGGCUCGUGCCUCGACUACCACCAAGCUACGCACGACCACACCACCCUUACGCAGCCAUGCUCUAUCCAGAGUUCCACUAUAGGCCGCCACCCCCCACCUAUCAAGCUUCAAUGCAAGAAUACAGACUCAGGUUACUUCUGUUAGACAGAAGUGCGCCCGCCGUGUCGCCUCCGCCAACGUACAGAUCAAAUUCAGCCAGUCUAGUCAGAGGAUCAACUGGCGCAGCGUGGUGCGGUUCUGAGUACAGCGGGCCGCCGUCGUAUCGCGCACCCCGCGCAGACCCGCCUGUCACUGUCAACGACAACCUGCCCACCAUCACCCCCAUAGACCUCAAAUACGUUGACAACACUAUCGAAGCAUUACCCAAACCCGAACAAGAAAAAGACCCGGACGAACAUCUCGUCACCAUAGUACACACAGACUCACAACCCGUCAUAGUAACCGUGUCUGGGUCCCCCGCACUCAAUGACACACACACACAACCGCCUUCAGAAAUCGACAUACUAGCACACUUAUAACGCAUCAAGCAUUAGCCAAUACACGAACUUAACGUUCUAGUAGGAAUAAACUAGACAAACCCGAUCUGAGUGCGGCUGCACCGACGUUCCUGAUUGGGAGUUGUGUGCAAGCGACCCGAAGGCUUGUGAUUGUAGCAACGAUUGACGUGAUUGAAACGACGUACCUACUUGUGAACAGAAAGUAAGCGAAAAGUGAUUUAAUAUAGAAGUGAAACUGUUGAUUAUCAUAAACAAUAAUUAGCAAAUGAACUUAUAUUGUUAGCGAUUGUAUUUGAAUGCAUGAUAAUUUUGUUUUGAAUGACUAUAAAAGAACUUGCAUUUCCCAUUACGUUCUCAUCUAGCUGCACUAGAUAAUGAAAAGUAGACGAUUUCAUUUAAAUAAUUUAUUCUCGAGAUAAAUGCUGCAUUAUACUACUGUAUAAAUAAAAAGUUUUAGUGCUCAUUCAAAACAAAAUUGUGUAUUUUAUGUUUGUGUAUAACUCUUGUUUUAAAAUGUAAUGGUUUGAAGUACCUUAUUUUAUUAUGAUAAGUAUUGUGUAAAUAUUUAAAAGCACUGACGUAUUUUUCGUUUGAAUAGUGUUAUAUUUAACAAAAUAUGUGCCGUGUAUAUACAAUUGAUACAAAUUAUAUUAGGGUUAUUAAAAUAAAUAUGAAUACAGACGUAGUUGAUGCAACGAUCGAUUUAUUGUUGAAACCAAAUCCUUCACAGAGAUGUACAACUAGGAACAUUGUUAUUCAUGUAGUGCCAAUGGUUGUUUAUUAGUUUUUGUUGUAAAUAGAUAAACAUUAUACAUAACUGUAAUAUUAUUCUGUUCUAUAAGAUUUUGUUUGAAUACUAACAUAUUUAAAGACGAAGCAGGUAUUAACUUUCUAGCCUCCGUCUAAAAUGUAGGUUCAUUAUCAUUUGACGUCAUUAAAACCUAUUUCGACGUUUUCUGUAUGGCUUUCUAUGCACAAUAAGUGUUCAGAACAAUACGCCAGCUCUAUUGUUUUAGCUCUGUACAAAAAAUGUAGGUCUCCUAUAAACUCAUUUCAGCUCCAAUUACCCUAAAAUUUUAUUACUUCCUUAUCCUCAUUUGCUUAGUUUAAAUAUUUAUUUUAAUUUUGAUCGCAAUAUUAUAAAUUAUUGGUACUAGCCGGAUGGAUAGAAUAUCACUGUGAAAAUUGAUAUUAAAAAGAAAAAAAAAUAUUUGUGAGAAAAAUUUAAUCGGUAUGCAAAUUUAAAAGGUCGAGAAUGUUCGAUGUAAAUAAGGGAGAGAAUGAAUAAAAUUAAAUAUUGUGUCAUUUGAAAAAGACACUUAAUGAAUAAAAAAUUGGGUGCAAAUUGAACAGAACAGUGGGUUAGAAGCUGACACAGUACUGUGUAAAAUACUAAACGAUAAGAUAUUGUAACGAUAAUGUAAUAAACAUAUUGUAAAUAAUGUUAUUUGUAUUAUAAGAAAUAAAGAUCUUUA